CGGAAACUUGAGGGUACAGCCAACCGUUAUUGCCCGUCAUAUCAUGACCAAAGAAUGCUCAUCCAACAAAUGGAUCAAAAACUGCUGAUGUCUUCCAAAAGAACCCUUUGAAGCAUUCGGAUCUUGUGUUUCUAGCGAUCUGACUGCUACGCUUUCUUCGGAUGUUUUGCUUCCUCCAUGUAACGACCCUGUGAGUGUGGGCUAAACCGAACGAUGGCCGUAGCCGCCCGCCGGCGGUGGCCAUGACUUGAAUUGACAAUGUUUACACAUGAGAGCGCAGAUGUAUUUGAGAAGAUAACUCCCCUUCGUUUGCAAUGGGAAAACCAUCUCUUCUGUCUAUCAUCCAUACAGUGACAUAACUACAUCGGCCAUUUGUGCCAAUAGACACCAUCACAAUUGACACAAACACAAAGAUCGCCAGAGCUUCCACUCGGUUGCCAAGACAAACGAUAUCUACCUCAAGUUGCAUCAACCUCACGCAUCAAUCACCAGGCCCCUAAGAUUUACAAACGGGUAUCAAAAUCAAUCCUGAGCAAAAGACGAUUCAAGCUUCUUCCCAACUUCCCAAUCCACUACAACACCAAAACACUAAACAACACCUUCCAAUGGAAGACCAAGUCUACUACCACAUGAUGAUGUCCGACCUCGAGCGUCGCAAGCGGAUCCAGAACCAUCAAACACCCGACAUUUGCCCCCCUACCCAUCCUCCCCGACAACAACAGCAGCAGCAACGACAACAACAACAACCACAACCGCACCACUGGCAUCAUCCUUCUUACUUUGAUUUGCACCACCACCAACAUCACGAGGACGAUCACCACAAUCUUUUUCUUCUUCAAAAAACCGGAACAACAACACAAAGAUUGGGGACGACAACAGCUAUUUCUUCGGCUGCUUCGUCGCCUACUUCAGAGACUAGGCCAUCGAGUCCAUUGCUGUCGGGGUUGAGGAGUGCGGUUCUGGCGGGGUUGGAUGUUUUGCAUUUGAAUCAUCCUUAUCCUUAUCCUCAUGGGAAUGAUGGGAAUGGGAGUGGUAUUGAGAGUAGGAGGAACUCGUCGGGGAGUCAAGGUGGGCAUUAACUGGUAAUGAUGGGGUGAGAGAGAAGAUGGAUGGAUGAUUUUACGAUUUGCCUUUAUUUCUACUUUGUUUCAAUGAAAAGGAGUUCAGGGAAGGGAGUUUUGGGAGUUUGGCCUUGAUGGGGAAGGAAUCAAGGUAAACUGUUUUCGUUUACUGGAUAGAAGAAGAGUAUAAUACCCGACCAGUAGGUCAAAAUUUCGAAAGCCUCAAUCUCACACACACAUGCAUACAUGAGAAGGGCACUGUUAUCCCCAUCGAAUAAACCUCCCAGUCCCGGACCAAUCUUCAGUGACA